AUGACUGUGAGAACUUACGAGUCUGACAUGCAACAUCAGUGGUACGUUGGAGAGCUUCAUGGCCUUCCCACACAUGGCCGCCGUGUGUCCUUCACAGUUACCUUCCGUGCUUCCCAGGACGAUGCUUGGAAGUGGUCGAAUGAGCAGUUCUCCACGUCAGAUGGGCAUAUCAUUUACCAGACACCGGAUCUUCCCAGCGAGAACCUUGGGCACUAUGUCGAUGGACUCCCCACAUAUCUGGAUAUUCAGAAGCAAUCAAGCGAUACACCUGGGACCCUCGUUUGGUCCGUGGACAGUCCGGUACAAGCAGCUUCAGGAACGACCUCUGGUCACUCAAGAAACAAACUGGGAUUACCAACUGACUUUUCACGCUGGUUUGCACUAGUACGUUUAUGGUCUCCUUGGUUGGCUCCCAGGCAAGGGAAGGGCGAGUUUCGCGUAGACAAGGAGGCCAUUUUAGCUACUUUCGAGCGCAACGAUGGCACGCAUUUGGCGAUUUUGGCUGUUAGUGGAGUCGACGAUGUUCUUACAACGCUUCACCACGAUGGCAGCGGGAACGUCGUAAUUGACUCACGCAAUGAUGCUGAGCAGGACGGUGUAGCAAGGCUUGUUGCCGCCGUAGCCAAUGAUUUGGAGUCUGCUGUUGCCGCAGUCAUAUACUAUGCUCGCAGGAUCGUCUUGAAAUACGAAGCUUCGUCUGGAGAGCUCGCCGCGGAGUUAAAAGCACUACACGAUGGCGUAAAACCAGAAUGGCUCGAAAACUGGUUCGACGGUCUAGCCUACUGCACCUGGAACGGGCUCGGACAGGACCUAACUGAGCGGAAGAUUUUCGAUGCUCUUGAUUCCCUAAAGAGGAACGACAUCAACAUCACGAGUUUGAUCAUUGACGACAACUGGCAAUCUCUGAAUAACGGCGGUGAUCAGCAGUUUAGCAAAGGCUGGAUGGAGUUCGAAGCCACAAAGACGGGUUUUCCGCGGGGUCUUCAAGCUACGGUGCGCGAUAUUCGAGCUAAGUACCGAAAUAUCAAGCAUGUAGCAGUCUGGCACGCCCUGCUCGGUUACUGGGGUGGGAUCGCUCCCGAGGGGAAAAUAGCGCAGGAGUACAAGACAACCUGGGUGAAGCGAAAGAAUGGUGUUUCCGGUGGAAAGAUGCUCGUUGUUGCGCAAGAAGAUAAUGCUCGUCUCUACAACGACUUCUACCAGUUCCUAAACUCCGCAGGUGUCGACUCGGUCAAAACAGAUGCCCAAUUCUUCUUGGACGAGCUUUACGACCCCAAAGACCGUCGAAGUCUGACACGGACAUACCAAGAUGUGUGGAGCAUCAAUCAACUCCGCUACUUCUCGGGAAAAGCAAUCUCAUGCAUGUCUCAAACGCCUCAGAUAAUGUUCCACUCUCAACUGCCACCCAACAAGCCCCGCAUAUUGCUGCGGAAUUCAGACGACUUUUUCCCCGACGUUCCUGCUUCUCAUCCAUGGCAUAUCUUCUGCAAUGCUCAUAACGCCAUAUUCACUCAGCAUCUCAACAUCCUCCCAGAUUGGGACAUGUUCCAGACUGGUCACUCCUACGGAUUAUACCAUGCGGCUGCUCGUUGCGUCUCUGGAGGUCCUAUAUACAUCACUGACAAACCCGGCCACCACGACGUUGGCCUCAUUCGUCAGAUGACGGGAAACACGCCGCGAGGUGAUAGUGUGAUUUUCCGGCCUCACACUGUCGGCAAGACCACAGCAGUAUACAAUUCCUAUGAUGACCCGGUUUUAUUGAAGGUGAGCACUUACGUCGGUAUGGCCCGUACCGGCGUCAGUGUGUUAGGCAUCUUCAACUGUACCCAGAAUGUUUUAUCUGAGCUCAUCAGUCUCAAUCAAUUCCCGGGUGCAGAAGAGGGUGCAUAUGUGGUCCGCAGCCAUACCACCGGCCAAUUGACGAACCCAAGCACCGCCGACUCACAGGCUUCAUUCAUACAUCUGGAGCUUCCGGUUCAGGGAUGGGAAAUACUUUCGGCAUUUCCUGUCCGCACAUUUGAGCUUGGCCGCAAACACCCCGGGAAAGGCCUAACUACUAUCUCUGUCGCCAACCUCGGUCUGCUUGGAAAGAUGACAGGUGCGGCUGCAAUCGUGAAUUACAGUAGCUACAUUGAAAGGUCGUCUGGCAGACUCCGGAUAUGGACGUCGUUGAAAGCUUUGGGCACGUAUGGCAUAUAUAUCUCUGACCUGCCCAAAAGGUCGCUCGAAGAUGACUUCAUGGCUCUGAUAUUCGGACGGCCGAUCCCUCUGGACUGCAUCAGCAUCAACGACAUCUGUGCGGAGAUCCUGGAGAUUGAUACGGAAAGGGCUUGGAAAGAGACCGGCGCAAAUGCCGGAUGGAGCAAUGAGGUUGCUGUGGAGGUAGUGAUCCGAUGA